AUGAAGUUGGUAAUUAAUGUUUCCCCCUCUCAGCACGGGGCUUCACAGGAGGAUUUCAUCAGAGGCAGCCUGGAGAAAAAAGCCAAAGAAGUCAUAUUUGACUUAGCCAGCCAAGCCCAUGUUCACCUAGAACACAUAAGUAUUUCAGCUCGGUCUUUUAAAAAAAGACUUCAGAAAUCAGCCUUCCCUGCUUUUAAUAUCACAGUCGCCCUGGAUCAGCAUUUAAAGACUCUUCGCAAGGCUGACUUCAAUAAAUUCCAUCCAAGCUUGCAGAGGAGAAAUAGCUUGCUGCCGUUAUCUUUGUAUGCUCGAUCAUGGAAGCAGUCCUACUGAAAUGUAAAAUAUUUAAUUUCCAAAACCUUUUUGCAUUCUUUAUUCUCCUAUGUAUGUGAUUGUUUCUCCCAUGUGGACAGAACGGUGGAAUCCACAGUAAAUCUCUACACGUCUCUUUCAGCACAUGCAGCUUCUGACUGUCCCCUGGCAUCUUGCUGAAGCUGGAGAUAUCUAUAGAAAUGGCUAAUUUAGUGCUUAGUAUUAAUGGCCUUAUAGUCUGCACUGCGAAGCACUUCAGGAAAAAGUAUAUGAAUAUACCUCUGAG